CAAAACUAAAAUGGCGGACAAACAACAUGGAUAAGUUUUGCAAUUUUUACCGCUUGUGUAUAUUUUUGAACGCGACAACAAAACAUUGCUGCAAAUGUAUACAUAGCCAACGACUUUAAGGGGAAACCGUGUGCGUUUUGCCAAAUAGCUUGGACUAGUUAGUCACCUCAACAUGAAGCUUAACAUAGAUGGCUUGCUUGUGUACUUCCCGUAUGACUACAUCUACCCAGAGCAGUACUCCUACAUGCUGGAGCUCAAACGCACCCUGGAUGCCAAGGGACAUUGUCUUCUUGAGAUGCCGUCUGGAACUGGAAAAACUGUCUCUCUCCUCUCACUUAUUGUGGCCUACCUCAAAAUCAAACCUUUAGAAUUGACAAAGUUGAUCUACUGCUCUAGAACAGUUCCAGAGAUAGAAAAGGUUAUGGAAGAGCUGAAGAAAUUAACAGAAUACUACGAAAGUGAGACUGGAGAGAAACCCAACAUCCUUGCGUUAGCCCUUAGUUCCAGGAAGAACCUGUGCAUACAUCCAGAGGUUGCUGGAGAGAGAGAAGGGAAAAAGGUUGAUGGGAAAUGUCUUUCCAUGACAGCGUCAUUUGUCCGACUCAAACACAAGGAAGACUCCAGUGUCCCUGUGUGCAACUUUUAUGAGGAUUUUGACUCUCUGGGUAGAGAUGAAAAGAUGCCUCCAGGAAGCUACAACUUGGAUGACCUGAGACAGUUUGGCCGGAAGAAAGGAUGGUGUCCAUACUUUAUGGCAAGAAGAGCUAUUUAUCAUGCGAACGUAAUAGUGUACAGCUACCACUACAUGUUAGACCCUAAGAUAGCAGAUCUGGUCUCCAAGGAACUGGACAAAAAAGCAGUGGUGGUAUUUGAUGAGGCCCACAACAUAGAUAAUGUUUGUAUUGACUCCAUGAGCGUGACCAUCUCUAGACGUACCCUGGAUAGAAGUCAUGCUAAUGUUGAGUCCCUCGCAUCAGUCAUUGACAGAAUCAAGGCGACAGAUGCCCAGAAAUUGAGAGAAGAAUAUAACAGACUUGUAGAAGGUUUACGUCAGGCAAGCGAAGCAAGAGACACAGAUAUCGUCCUCUCAAAUCCAGUCCUCCCAGAUGAAGUGCUACAAGAGUCUGUCCCAGGAAAUAUUCGGAAAGCUGAGCAUUUUGUUGGUUUCAUGAGAAGGUUUAUAGAGUAUUUAAAGACGCGUUUGCGGAUUCAACACGUGGUUCAGGAAAGCCCAAUGUCAUUCUUGCAACACAUCUAUCAGCAAGUCUGCAUUGAGCGCAAGCCUCUUAGGUUCUGUGCUGAGCGCCUCAGCUCGCUGCUCCGCACUCUAGAGAUCCCUGAAAUGCAGGACUACGGUCCUUUGGUGCUGAUCGCGAACUUUGCCACGCUAGUCAGCACCUAUAAUAAAGGGUUCAAUAUCAUAAUUGAGCCAUUUGAUGACAGGACGCCCACUAUUCCUAACCCCAUCCUGCACUUCAGUUGUAUGGAUGCGUCUAUCGCGGUGAAACCUGUUUUCGACAGAUUCCAGUCUGUCGUAAUCACUUCAGGGACACUUUCUCCAAUUGACAUGUAUCCAAAGAUUCUAGACUUCCGUCCGGUCACUAUGGCAACCUUUACUAUGACACUGGCCCGGACGUGCCUUUGUCCGAUGAUUGUAAGCCGAGGAAGUGACCAGGUUGCAAUGACGACGAAGUUUGAGAUGAGGGAGGAUUUGGCCGUCAUACGUAACUAUGGCAACCUAUUGACGGAGAUGUCGGCCGUGGUGCCUGAUGGGAUUGUUUGUUUUUUCACGAGUUAUUUGUACAUGGAAUCCGUGGUCUCUCUCUGGCAUGACCAGGGUAUCAUCAGUAACAUCCAAAAGAAUAAGCUUCUCUUUAUCGAGACAACAGACGCCGCUGAGACGAGCCUCGCCCUCCAUAACUACCAAAAGGCUUGUGAGAACGGUCGCGGUGCGAUCCUUUUAUCUGUCGCCAGGGGCAAAGUCUCCGAGGGAAUCGACUUCGAUCACCAUUACGGAAGGGCUGUAAUCAUGUUUGGAAUCCCUUAUGUGUACACACAAAGCAGAAUACUUAAGGCCCGACUGGAGUACCUUAGAGAGCAGUUCAACAUCCGCGAAAACGACUUCCUGACGUUUGAUGCCAUGAGGCAUGCAGCACAGUGUGUUGGACGGGCUAUCCGGGGCAAGACAGACUAUGGUAUCAUGGUAUUCGCUGACAAGCGCUUCUCCAAGGUCGACAAACGAGGAAAGUUACCCAAGUGGAUACAGGAAUACCUUAAGGAGUCUCUGUGUAACCUGUCUACCGAUGAAAGUGUACAGAUAACCAAGAGAUUCCUGAGACAGAUGGCGCAACCAUUUGAACGGGAGGAUCAACUUGGCCUGUCGCUUUUGACAUUCGAGCAAGUGCAGUCGGAAGAGUUUCAGAAGAGGAUCAUUCAAUCCGCCAUGGCCUAAAUUAUCCGUACCUACUGUGACUAGACCAAGGGGAAUUUAAGCUCACAGCUCGUAGUUUUUGAGAUUUCUAUGAAAAUAGAACAAUGAAAAUACACAAAACUCACUCAUUCUUAUGAUAUUUCACAGAGGUAAUUAAAUCACUUCUAACUUCUAACCCGAACUGUGACCUUAAAACUCAGUUUCUUGUUGAAGAAAACUUCGGAACUAGAAGUAAGAACAGUGGUAGAUGGACAUUGCAUUUCCAAGUAAACAAAGGAUAUAUUUUCGGAGGAUCCAAGAAUGAGACAAUAAUAAACGAGUUUAUAAAUGUU